AUGAAUUUUGAAUUUAAUUGCGAACAAGUCACCAAGGCAAAUAAAGAGGGUUACUCAAUAAUUGAUUCAAACAAGCUAUGUUCUCUUCCAAAGAAAAGCUAUAACUAUAUCAGAGAACUUAUUGACACAAUGGGAGAGUAUAGUGCAAAAGCUCAAAUGCUUCCUGCAACUAUAACAAGUUUUGAUAAGCUUCUGAGCAAUUCAGAAUCUCAAAAAAUUUAUUUCUAUAGCAAGGGGAAGCAAUGCCUAGGAUACUUAAAAACAGGCACUAAAACUCUUUAUAUAACAAAUGAUUAUGGACAGCUAAAAGAGAUCACUCCACUUUGUGUAUUAGAUUUUUAUGUUUCAGAAGAAGUUCAAAGACAAGGAAUCGGGAAGAAGUUGUUCGAUUUAAUGAUUGAAGACUCAAAGAAGCUCCCAGCUAAAUUGGCAUAUGAUAGACCUUCUAGCAAGCUUCUGAAGUUUCUUUCAAAGCAUUAUGGACUAAAGAGAUACCUUCCACAAAAUAAUAACUUUGUGAUUUAUUCUCAGUAUUUCUCUACUUUUGGCGGCAAAUGAACUUCAUCUUACAAAGUAACAUAUAAGAAAGAAGCCAACGACAAAUACAGUAUGACUAAUAAUGUUGUGAAAAGGGAUUAUAUUAAUAACCUCAUUACAUCAUCAAAGGAAUCUACAAAUCAGAUGAAGAGGAUGACAGCAAAUGAAGAAUCUAAAGACGGAGUAUCUCAAAUUUACAAUUACGAGGAUCAAAAGCAAGAUGAUAGUAUUAGUAGUUUCAGUUUCCAUAAAGACCCAGUUAAGCCUCAAUCAAGAGGGCCUCUCUAUGACGCAACAAACAAACCAACUAAUGUAUAUGAACAUCAAGAAUAUAAGAAGCCAUCUAAUAAUUAUACAAAUCCUAUUACAGGAGGCUAUCAAGAGAUGGAAGAUACUCAUGCUAAUGAAAAAUAUAACAGAUUUUCCAGACCUAAAACUACCGAAAGUGAAUACAAGAGCAUUCCAGCUAAAAUUACAUCUGAAGAAAGAAAACAAUAUCCCACAGGAGAAGACUUAGAUAAUUUAAUAAAGCAGAAAGAGGCAGAGCUAGAAGAAGUGAUGGAUAGGUUGAGCGUAUGUUCAAAAUCAUCAAAAGCCCCUAAGAAUAGCCAUGAAGCCUCAUUCCAAAAGAAGCCAAUAGACCACACAAUUUCUCCAGCUCAUACUUAUGAGAGACAAGCUCAUGUUGCAACACAGGAGGCUCCAAGAACAAUGACAGCAAAAGAGAUAAAAAGAACCCAGUUUCACUCAUCUGCUCCCUGGGCUAAUUAUGAAUAAUUUCUUUUAACGCAAAUGGAUU